GUGGCGCUACUCGUUGUGUCUAAGCCUUUUAAUCUGGGCCGAUGUCUCUUCCUCUGCCAGGUGAAAGGAUACAGGCAGCAUCCAGCUAACAUGACAACAUUACGACCAUUCACCUGCGACGAUUUGUUUAAAUUCAACAAUAUAAACUUGGAUCCUUUGACGGAAACUUAUGGGAUCCCCUUUUACCUGCAGUACCUGGCCCACUGGCCCGAGUACUUCAUCGUGGCCGAGGCUCCUGGAGGGGAACUGAUGGGCUACAUAAUGGGGAAGGCGGAGGGAUCUGUGGCGCGUGAGGAGUGGCACGGCCACGUCACGGCUCUGUCGGUGGCCCCGGAGUUCAGGAGGCUCGGCCUGGCCGCCAAACUCAUGGAGAUGCUGGAGGAGAUCUCAGAGAGGAAGGGAGGAUUCUUCGUGGAUCUGUUUGUGAGAGUUUCCAACCAGGUGGCGGUGAACAUGUACAAGCGUCUGGGCUACAGCGUCUACAGGACGGUCAUAGAGUAUUACUCUGCCAGCAACGGAGAACCGGACGAAGACGCCUACGACAUGAGGAAAGCUCUGUCCAGAGACACAGAGAAGAAGUCCAUCAUCCCGCUGCCUCAUCCCGUCCGACCAGAGGACAUCGAAUAAUAAGAGCAGCCGGCGGCUCCCAGACCUGGUCCUGGUCCAGACCUGGUCCUGGUCCAGACCUGGUCCUGGUCCAGAUCCAGGUCUCAGUGACUCCCUGUACAUAUUUAACCAGAGAGCUGCCGGCUGGACAGACGGAUGUAAUGAAACAAAAAUAAAGAUUUUCUCACGA